UUGAAAGGGGAACGAAACUUAAUUACGGGGAGGAAACGAUCAGCGAAGAAAUAGAGCCGAGACGAAGCGAGCGCUGGUUGAUCCCUCCCCCCAGUCAUCUGAUAAAAUUUCGUCGUCCAGUUUUCAGGUUCUCCACAAAUCGACGUUUCCUGCAGAUAAAGUGAAUAAGAGGGUUUCCGCCUUGAGACAGAGGACGAGAGAGGGAGAGAGGCCACGAUGAUAACGCGAUCGAAUCUGGCCGAACAGCUGCGGGAGUAUCAGAUUCGAUCCAAACACGACUGGGCUUCUAUCUCCUUUUUGUCCUCUACCUCUUCUAAUGUUACGACCUCGAGGGUGGAUGUUGUUGUCUUUGUGAUAUGGGAACUUGUCAUUCUGGCUUUCCUGGUUUUUUCAGCAGUCUCUUUGUACUUUAGGCACAUCCGGCUUGCUUUUAUAUUAGUCUGCGUUACAGUGCUGUUGAUACUGUGUAUGAAAAUUACAAAGCAAAUAAGAGUGGCAAGGAAAAAGAAACGAAGGAUGCUUCUUCCAUUGUCAAUGUAAACUGAUAGCAAGCCUUGGUCUUUGGCGUGUUUCUGGUGCGGAGGUUCCGGGCAUGCAUUACAGAUGACCUUUGUCAUUGGUCGAGCCUCUCUUUCAUCCUGAUUUUGCCCCAUGCUAGUUGAUCGAAGUCUGUUAGCGAUGUUUUGGCAUCAAGACUGACACCUCGAAUUGGUUCGGGAAGACAACUCAGUUUUGAAGAUGGGGCGUUUAAAGGUGUUGGGAUUAUAGUCGUAUGGAUAGAUGUGCUUCUUUUUGUCAUUAGUUAUUCUGUAUGUAAAGCAGGUUAACAGCACGCACGUUUGGAAGUUUUCAAACAAUAUCGGAAGAAUGCAUGUGGAAAGAUAAUAUAUGCAUGACAGCUUCAAGUGGUCCGAGAGCUGAAAUUUUGGGUAAGGUGCUUUAAUGAUAACUGCUGAAGACUGGAGGUCCGUUCAUUAUAUAAAGAGGUUGAACCGCAAGAAAUUCUUCGGACUAUAAUGCACAGAAAUUUCAUUUGUU